AUGGUCAAGGUGAUGCACCGGUGCCCAACCCUACUGAUGAGGUUCGACUACUGGUUUAGGCUAAAGAAAAUUUCAUCUUGUGGCCAAGGAGACUUGUUGGAAGGCCUGUACCAUCGAAGAAGGCAACAGUCAAGAAGGCAAGAAGGAGUGCAAAUCCUGUCCUCCAGCCUUUUCCUCUUGACAUUGGAAAUUAAACUUUCCACGUAUCUAAUUGUGAACCAUUUAUGUUUCCUGCUAUUGGCUUCAGGUGUGAAGAAGAAGGAAGUAAAGAAAGAGACUGGGUUAGGGCUUUCAAUCCGAAAGGUAGACAACUUUGGGGAGUGGUAUUCUGAGCUAGUUGUUCGUGCGGAUAUGAUUCAGUACUAUCCCAUAUCUGGAUGCUACAUUCUUUUUCCAUGGACAAUGUCAAUCUGGAAGUCAAUGCAAGACUUUUUUGAUGCGGAGAUGACAAAAAGGAAAGUUGGGAGCUGCUACUUCCCAUUGCUUGUGCCUUAUUACUAUUUGCAAAAGGAGAAGGAUCAUAUUGAAGGCUUUGCACCAGAGGUUGCUUGGGUUACAAAGGCUGGGGAUACUGAUUUAGAAAACCCUAUUGCUAUUCGCCCAACUAGUGAAACUGUCAUGUAUCCAUCUUACUCUGACAAGAUAAAGGGACAUCGUGAUUUGCCUUUGAAAUAUUAUCAAUGGUCCAACGUUAUUAGAUGGGAGUUCACUAAUCCCAUGCCAUUCAUCAGGAGCCGUGAGUUUCUCUGGCAGGAAGGGCAUUCUGUUUUUGCAACAAAAGAGGAGGCAGAUGCAGAGGUACUUGAUGUGCUGGAAUUGUAUAGGCGUAUAUAUGAAGAAUAUUUGGCAGUUCCUGUGAUCAAGGGUAAGAAAAGUGAACUGGAGAAGUUUGCUGGUGCACUCUACACAACCAGUGUUGAGGCAUUUAUUCCGGACACCGGUCGCGGUAUUCAAGGCGCGACCUCUCAUUGCCUUGGCCAAAAUUUUGCUAAGAUGUUUGAGAUAAACUUUGAGAAUGAGAAGGGAGAGAAAGCAAUCGCCUGGCAGAACUCAUGGGCCUAUAGUACUCGAACCAUUGGGGUGAUGGUGAUGGUACAUGGAGAUGACAAAGGCCUUGUGCUGCCACCAAAAGUAGCAUCUGUUCAAGUUAUUGUGAUUCCAGUGCCUUAUAAAAAUGCUGAUACUCAGGGUAUAUUUGAUGCUUGUUAUGCUACUGCGAAUGCUUUGUGCGAAGCAGGUAUUCGUGCUGAGUUUGACUCUAGAGAUAACUAUUCUCCUGGUUGGAAGUAUGCACACUGGGAAUUGAAAGGUGUUCCUCUGAGGAUUGAAAUUGGGCCAAAGGAUUUGGCAAACAACCAGGUAAGGGCAGUUCGACGUGAUAAUUGGGAAAAGGUAGACAUAGCUCGGGAUAAUUUGGCGAAGCAAGUGAAAGACUUGCUGCAAAAUAUUCAACAAAACGUAUUCAAUGUUGCAAAACAAAAACGAGACGCGUGCAUUAAGGUUGUGCAUACUUGGGAUGAAUUUGUGGAAGCUUUGAGCCAAAGGAAAAUGAUCUUGGCUCCUUGGUGUGAUGAGGAGGCUGUGGAAGUUGAUGUGAAAGCAAGGACAAGGGGUGAGAUGGGAGCAGUUAAGACCCUUUGUACUCCUUUUGAUCAAUUAGAACUCCCUGAGGGUACCAAGUGUUUUGCCUCAGGAAAGCCUGCUAAGGUAUGGACAUACUGGGGUAGAAGUUACUAG